AUGAAAUACACGUUCAUCUUUGGAGGCUUCGCUGGCCUCAGCACUGUCCUAGCAGCCGGCAACGUGCAGACCUUCAAGGGUAGUCUCGGUGGCGCCGCUCCCCCAGUCAACGAAGACGAUGCCUCUGACCGGCCCUUCUCGGUCAACGGCGCUACCUUCUUGAACAAAGGCGCCGCUGUCCAGCGCAGCUGUGCUGUCCAGCACAACGCCUGUGCCGGCACCGCAAACAGUGGAGAAGCCGACUUCAACGUCGCCGACUGCGACCAACAGCUGAACGCGUGCACCGCCGCCGCCUAA